UAUCAGGACACACUUCUGCCAAUGUUGAAGAGGCAGUUACCUACUCUGAGCAUAGUGCCGUAAAGUGCAUUGGAAUGACAAUUGAAACGAGGCCAGACUAUUGCCUAGGCCCUCAUUUGCGCCAAAUGCUUUCUUAUGGUUGUACACGACUGGAGAUUGGAGUUCAAAGCACAUAUGAGGAUGUAGCUCGUGACACUAAUAGGGGACACACAGUUGCUGCAGUGGCUGAUUGUUUUUGCUUGGCAAAGGAUGCUGGUUUCAAGGUUGUUGCUCAUAUGAUGCCUGAUCUUCCUAAUGUUGGUGUCGAGAGAGACUUGGAAAGUUUUAAGGAGUUUUUUGAGAGCCCUUUAUUUCGAGCUGAUGGGCUUAAAAUUUAUCCCACCCUUGUAAUUCGCGGAACUGGGCUCUAUGAGCUUUGGAAAACUGGCAGGUAUAGAAAUUACCCACCUGAGCAGCUUGUGGACAUUGUGGCAAGGAUCUUGGCCAUGGUACCUCCUUGGACACGUGUUUAUAGGGUUCAGCGGGAUAUCCCUAUGCCUCUGGUUACUUCGGGGGUUGAGAAAGGAAAUCUUCGUGAACUAGCUUUAGCUCGUAUGGAUGACUUGGGCUUGAAGUGUCGGGAUGUUCGAACACGUGAAGCUGGAAUCCAGGACAUUCACCACAAAAUUAAACCUGAAGAAGUUGAGCUUGUACGACGUGAUUAUACAGCAAAUGAAGGUUGGGAAACAUUUCUGUCAUAUGAAGAUACACGCCAGGAUAUUCUUGUUGGGUUGUUGCGUCUGCGAAAGUGUGGCCGGAACACUACUUGCCCUGAACUAAUGGGGAAAUGUUCUAUUGUCCGUGAACUUCAUGUGUAUGGAACUGCUGUUCCAGUUCAUGGCCGGGAUGCUGACAAGCUGCAACACCAGGGUUAUGGUACACUUUUGAUGGAAGAAGCAGAGCGUAUUGCUCGCAGGGAGCAUAGAUCAACAAAAAUAGCUGUUAUAUCUGGUGUGGGAACCCGCCAUUACUAUAGGAAAUUGGGCUAUGAGCUUGAAGGGCCUUACAUGGUGAAAUAUCUUGUUUGACGAGGCUAGUAUUGGAUUAUAACACAAUUUUGUACGUCAACGAAUUCAUGUAAAAUUCUGGUAACUUAUAUCAAUCAUUAAUUUGUGAGAGUAGAGUGAGUUUGUUCAA